UUUUCGUUGCAUCGAUGUGCCAGAAUGGUCAUCUUUCGUCACGUCAUCGGGAUUGCGUCAUUACGAAUCAAUUUUUUCGUCGCCCCGUCGAGAUCGGACCGACGUCGAACGAUCGAUUUAUCAGGGAGCCCCCCGUGAGAGCUGCGGAACGAUGACUAAAAGAAUCAGUGUUUUGAUAGUGUUACUCUUGUCCGUAAUCCCCUGGCCAGGACCCAGCGUCUUUAAAAUAUCAUGCCCCCGCGAUCGAGCGUCCGUGGUGAGGAGGAUAGUCCAAAAGAGAUGGAUGCCCAUUCUGAAGAAGUAUCAGGUAGAGCUGCCGUUGGAGUGCCCGUUUCACGAGAGUCGAGACAUAUUUCGGCCGCAACAGAGAGCGAAACACCAGCACAGACCGUCACAAUGGACUUGCGGACUUUGCGGCAAGUCCUUCUAUGCGGAGAAACACCUGGAUGCCCACUUCGAUAACAGACACAAGAGUAACGUUAAUACGGCGGAGGACGCGGUGUGCCUCGCGGACUACUGCGACAUCAUGAGAUGCGACGUCCUGGGGAAUCGUGACUUCGAGAGCUCGCUGGUGGACGACGAGACGGGCCAUCACAGCACGGACAUCCAGGUGUGGAAAGAAAAUACGGAGCAACGUUCCACCUCGGUGAUGCCGUGCAACCUGCGCGGCCUGUCGAGGUCAUACCCGGUGGAGAAAUCGUGCACAAUGUCUGGCGGCGGGGCCGUUAGAAACAUACAGCGUUACUGUCACCGUGAGGAUAGCGGAGCCCUCGAGAAUCAUCGGUUGCCAGGCACGGCGUAUUACGUGGAGAUUGCCGGGCCGGACAACAAGAGCAACGCCUGCGACAACGAGGAGGAGGAGGAUGAAGAGGAGGACGAGGACGACGAGGAGAACCUGGUCGAGUCGGCUCUGCCAGCCGUGGACAAGAAGCAAAGGCGCAAGGGACUGCAUCUGAGGAAGCUGAAGUCCAACUGCAAGCCAGAGGAGCUACAGAAGCUGAAGUUGCAAUGCGAAAUACUCGUACGCGAUUGCAUCGCUGGACUUUUGACGAAUCUCUCGGUACGAGAUUUCCAAGAAAUCGAAGGGGAACUGAACCGCGCGAUAUGCUGGUACCUCAGCUGCGACAGGUACUGGGAGGACACGAAGAGGCAACAGAGGCACACACCUUGGUACCUGCUCACUAUUUUUUUCGCUGUUCUGUCCAUGUCGAUUUAUGCAUGCUACUACGUCAUCUGGGUCCUGUUCAAUUCAGCGGACGAGGACAGACUGGACGGUGCCGGAAAUCUCGACUAUCCGGAUGGGGACCACGCGACUACGUCAUCGUUACACGAUCCGAAUGGUCCUGGCGAGGGUAGAACGAGCGAAAGGCGAAAAUGCGAAUCCGGGGAUGAGAAUCUGCCCGUGUCCAACGAGGACAUGCCCGACCACUACAUCUACGUAGCCUAUCCACCAGAGCUAAAGCGGCGAUUACUGGAGAGUGAUCCUCCUGCUUACAGCUGCUACAACAGAACCACUCGACUCUGAACCGACUCGAGGGAUAGGAGGAUAAGGGCAGAGAUUCGAUCGGGAACACGGCGAGCGGCUCGAUCGAUCACACACGUCGGUCCGAUCUACUUUCUUAUUUUUCGGCCCCCUAACCUUCGUGUUUUGUAUACCAACUCUGGGAAUAAACUGCAAGAUGUA